AAUCAACUUUUUCUCCCAGCAGAGCUUCCGACUCUUGAACGACUCCACUGAGUAGAGCUUGAUGGCUUGACGCUGCUUCUUCGUUAUCUAAAAGAAUCUUCUCAAGUGUUAAUCGAAAUGUGCCGCGAAGCUGACGACGCAAUGGAUGUCUUCAUCAGCAAUUCCUCCGGUAAUACUUGACAAAUGCGUGCUAGUGGGAGGUCAGCCGGACAAGAUGAGCAGGGCGUUGAGCUGAGACAAGCUGGAGGUUGCGAAAUCCCGGGACGCGCCUGUUAGUAUGUCAUGAACGCGACUCAUCGUGAAUGGAAGCCUAGCAUAACAUUCAAGGCAUCCAACCAACGCCUUUGCUUGCACAGAUUCGACUGCUGCCCAACUGAAUUCAGUGCACUCUCAUAUUCUCUGCUAUAGAUGAAAGGGUGAUUCCGGUUGCCAAUCAAUGCCUGCCCCGGGCGAUCAACACCAGGAGUGGCCCAACCCCUUCGAGGAGGCCAAGCCGCGCAUAGCAGGAUGGUCAGCCAAGGAAAUCGCCACAAUCGCCUCGAGGCUUGACAAGCAGCUCGGCCCCGAAUACAUCUCUUCGCGCGCAGGUCCCGGUGGUUCACGGGUGCAUUAUCUCACUGCCGAAAAGGUCAUCGGCCUCGCCAACGAGGUUUUCGGCUUCAACGGGUGGUCGUCCUCGAUCCAAAACAUCCAAGUCGAUUUUGCCGACGAGAAUCCAACGUCGCAGCGCGUCAGCAUCGGGCUGUCUGUCAUCGUUCGGGUCACUCUUCGAGAUGGAACCUACCACGAGGAUGUCGGCUACGGCUCAAUAGAGAACGCCAAAGGGAAGGCGAUGGCCUUUGAAAAGGCGAAAAAGGAGGGGACUACAGAUGCUCUGAAACGAACGCUGAGGAACUUUGGCAAUAUUCUGGGUAACUGCAUCUACGACCAAGACUACGUGAAGCAGGUUACCAAGAUUAAGGCCCAGACCAACAAGAAGUUUGAUCCGGAUAAUCUUCACCGACACUCGGAUUUUGCCAAGAAGGAGGUGACCAUGACCGGCAACGUGAGCAAUGCUGGUAAUAGCACCGCAGCCAAUGUCGCUGUCACUGCUGCUACUGCUGCUCCCACGUCCGCAGCUGGAGGGUUCAAGAUAGAACCAAUGGACUCAUUUGAUGACUUCUUGGGGGAACUUGACGAAGCUGAUUUCUGUGUGCCGGGAGAUGGUCAUCCCGAUGAAAUCAUGCUUCCCAGCGCAGCCAACCCACCCAACGACAAGCCUGCUGCUAACGAAUCAAGGCCGGGUCAACCAGCAAAGCCUAUGCCGGGAAAUAACUUGAAUCGGCCGCCGCAGCCACAGCCGUAUACUCCCCGACAAGGACAACCACCUCGACCACAGAAUGCCCCGCCAAGCAAGGAGUCUCUAAAUCAAACGAUGGCUCCUCCUCCUCAGGCCCCUCCUCCGGGAGAGCCUGUGGCAUUCUUCUCAGCGAGAUCUACCAUGCCUGAUACAAACCAGGCUGGCAACCAAAGCCAGCAGAAGCAGCUCUUUAAUCCCAAGGCCGAAAGCCCUUCGAUACGAAAGACUCCUGGAAUCGAUCACACAUCAUCCAAGCCCGUUGCGAGGAACGGUCAGCAUGUCCCUCCGGCUAACAGCCAAGCAACGUCUACACCAAGUGGCAACACCGGCGGCUUCACAUCACUACGGCAGUCAAUCGGCAGCUCUCAAGCCAGGGGCAAUCCGAUGAAUCCAUCUCUGGACCAAGCUCGUAGAAUAGGAGCUCCGGGUGGUGGUCUGGGCAGUCCCCUUGCAAAUCGAGGCCAAUACAAACCUCCAACAAUGAAACGAACGCUACCGAGCGAAGCCAAUGGGGCUAAUGGACCGAGGGCGCCAUUGGCUGACAUUCCAACAAAUGCAGGCAACGGUAACAGCGAGGAUGGGCUGGACGCAAAGAGGCAGAAAGUGGCAUGACUCUAAUGACAAGAGCAAAAGCGGCAUUUGGGCAUGACAUGAGCAUGGAGUCUUGGAGUUUUGGGUCGGUGAUAAAUGACAGCCCCCCUGUGAUUUAGUUAUUUGGGGCUUAGACAGAUGUUGAAUGUUU